AUGGGUAGUCCGUUAGCCAAUACUUUAGUGUUUGAACCUUUAAAAGUUGGCGAUGUCACUUUGUCAAAUCGUAUAGUAUAUUGCCCCACAACUAGAUUCCGUGCAGCACCAUCAUCAGAUGGAAAAUUCAACCACUUGCCUUCAGACUUGAUGUUGGAGUACUACUCACAGCGAGCACAGUAUCCCGGCACUUUGCUUGUCACCGAAGCCACUUUUGUCAGUCGUGCUGCAGGUGGGUACGAUGGAGCACCAGCUUUAUAUACUCAAGAGGAGACUCAAGCGUGGAAAAAGAUUGUUGAUGCUGUACAUGCUCGCAAGAGUUUUAUAAGUUGUCAAGCUUGGUUCUUGGGUAGAGUUGCAGAUGCAAGAGUCAUGAAAAAUGAAGGCCAGAAAUUGGUUGGUGCCUCUGCUAUAUACCCCGACGAAAGAAGCGAACAUAUCGCGAAAAAAGCAGGGUUGGAAUUGACUGAAUUGACGGUUGAUGAAAUCCAACGUAUUAUCAAGGAAGAUUUUACCAUUGCGGCAAAGAAUGCAAUGAAAGCAGGUUUCGAUUUCUUUGAAUUGCACAAUGCACACGGGUACAUGUUGGAUACCUUUUUGCACGAAAACUCAAACCAGCGUAAGGACCAAUAUGGUGGACUGAUUGAGAAUAGAGCCAGAUUCACCUUGGAAUUGAUCGACCAUUUGUGUACAGUUAUCCCUCCACUGAAGUUGGCCAUAAGAUUAUCUCCAUGGGCCGAAAUCCAAGGUGUGUACGAAGAGACAAGUCCAAUCCCACAAUUUAGUUAUCUCUUGGAUCAAUUGCAAAAGAGAGCCAACAAUGGUAAAGAGUUGGGAUACGUCUCUGUUGUUGAGCCCCGAGUUCAAGGUGUCGUUAAUGCAGAUAUGGAUUCAAUGAAGGGAAACAAUGAGUUUGUCGAGCAAGUGUGGAAGGGAGUUAUCUUGAGAGCAGGUAACUACACCUACGAUGCACCUGAAUUCAACCAAAUAAAGAAAGAUAUUAGCAAUGGAAGAACUUUAGUUGGAUUCUCCAGAUUCUUCACAUCCAAUCCAGACUUGGUUGAAAAGUUAAAGACUGAUCCAUCAAAGUUGGUCAGAUACGAUCGAAGCUUAUUCUAUGCACCAUUCAACUGGGGUUACAACACCUUUGACGGUAAACACUACGACGAAGAGACUGAAAAGAAGAGGUUUGCAAAACCAAUCAAGCAUGGUGAGGCUAAUUUGUGA